CUCCACAAAUCAACUUUCUCUUUCUAUAGCACCCGAAAGAAUUCCGCGGCCUCCUGUCUCUAGGUGAAUUUAAUAGGGUCGGAUCUUUAUUGGCGGAUGGAGACCGGAGGGAAAUUGAAAAAGGGUGCCGGAGGGAGGAAAGGUGGAGGUCCGAAGAAGAAGCCAGUUUCUAGGUCUGUAAAAGCGGGUUUGCAGUUUCCUGUUGGGAGAAUCGGGCGGUAUUUGAAGAAAGGGAGAUAUUCGCAGCGCGUUGGAACUGGGGCUCCAGUUUACUUGGCUGCCGUUCUCGAGUACCUAGCUGCUGAAGUGCUGGAAUUGGCUGGGAAUGCAGCUAGAGACAACAAAAAGAACAGAAUAAUACCAAGGCACGUAUUGCUUGCUGUGAGAAAUGAUGAAGAGCUUGGAAAGUUACUUGCAGGUGUAACCAUUGCUCAUGGAGGUGUCCUUCCCAAUAUUAAUCCUGUUUUGUUGCCCAAAAAGUCUGACAAACCCACCAAGGAACCCAAGUCUCCCUCUAAGGCCACCAAGUCCCCCAAGAAGGCUUAAGUGCUUUCUCCCAUUAUCAAAGCCAAAUUCAGUGCCUUAAAUCUUGUGUCUUUGUUGUAUGUAAUUUUAGUUUUAGAGAUGGGUUAUUUUGUUGUAGGGGAAAGUUGUUAGAAACAAUGUGUAAUUCCUUUGAUCUUUGCAAUACUAUGUUAGGAUUGGACCAUUUAAGAUUAAUGGAUGAAGCUCUUUCUUUUAA